CUGGUUGUAAACUGCUUGAGAGUGCUGACAACUUCAAAAGCAGCCGGUAGAGAUUUUCUUGCAAAGUUCAGGAAGGAUCUCAAAAAUGCUGAAGGCUGCAGACAAUGUUGCUACGAAGCAGGAGGACUCUGCGUCCCAAAAUGGAGAAAUGACAAGUUGGGAUAUCAAUGACAUCAAACUUCCCCAGGACGUGAGACAGACAGACUGGUUUCAGGAAUGGCCAGAUUCCUACGUAAAACAUAUUUACAGCUCAGAGGAUAAAAAUGCUCAGAGGCACCACAGUAGCUGGGCAAUGAGAAACACCAACAACCACAACUCUCGUAUCUUAAAGAAAUCCUGCCUUGGGGUGGUGGUCUGUGGCAAUGACUGCUCUACUUUGGAUGGCAGGAAGAUCUACCUGAGGCCAGCCAUAUGUGACAAAGCUAGGCAAAAACAACAGCGGAAAUGCUGUCCAAACUGCAAUGGACCCCUGCGACUCCUUUCCUGCCGAGGCCAUGGGGGUUACCCAGUCACCAACUUCUGGAGGCAUGAAGGCAAGUUCAUAUUUUUUCAGUCCAAAGGGGCUCAUGACCAUCCACGUCCAGAAACAAAACUAGAAGCAGAAGCAAGGAGAUCCAUUCAGAAAGCGCAUGCAGCUUUUUCUCCACCUUCUCCAGCACUAAUAAAGCUCCAGGAGAUCAAGUCUCUGACAGGUGAGGUGCCCACCCAGAAGGCUUUGCCUUUGAUCCUUUCCGAGCCGGACCAGUGUGUGCCACCUCCCAGUUUUGGGGGAUGUUUAAGCACAAGCUCCCUGCAGCAGACAGCAGGCUGCUGCGUGGAACAGCCACCAUAUCCGAUGGCAGCGGCGGAGCACGCGGAAGGCCAGGUGCACCCUGCUUACGGUGGCUCGUGCACACGGGCCUGGAGCAGCUCCCUGCACACCCCUCGUGUGCUGCCGGUUACAAAGGGAGGCCACGAUCUGCUCAGGCCCAGUGUUGGCCCUCUGGGGGAGGAAUCCUGCGAGGGAAGAGCUCCUUCAGCCUACAGCCUCCCUCCUCCAUCAUACCCUCUGCCUCAGCAUGGGCCCGGCCUGCAGGGCUCACACCAGCAGCACCAGCAGCUCCCAGUGCUCUUCAAGGGAAGCUAUGGUGACGUGGAAGAAGGAAGGCGCUGCGUGAACCCCAGCUACUGCAACAACUUGUUUUGUAACCUGUACCCAUUACGGUGACUGGGUUAAUGUUUUCUCUCUAAAUGCACCUCCGCCAAUGGGCAGCAUCUUUGCUUUUAGACGUAAGGAAGGGCUUUUAUGCCUGCAGAGCUCUCUCUACUUUUUUUCUUUUCCCUCACUACUUUAUUAAUCUAACGAAGUCAUCAUCUCUUCUUACAAACUACCCUCGUUGCUACCAUGCAGCUUGGCAGAAUUUCAUGGCACCAGCCCUAUAACCAUACCACCUGACCUAGUUUCACGCAUUUCUGUACUGAAGGUGCCCCACUAUUUUUUCCUGCCAAUUUCCAUUGGUAACAAAUUCUUCAGCAUCCUUUCCUGCACAUCACCCUGUGUUUUAACCACUUCUGCAAUCUAUAUUUCAGCAGGAGAUAUCAGUUCCCUAAUUUGUUUAAAAAAGUAGGGUGCCAAAAAUGAAUUUUCUUGCCUGAAUUUAGUGGCCAGCUUUGAGAAUUUUGGCAAAGGUUUCUUUACCUUUUCUGCCAUAAUUCAAUCUGAUUUUACCAAUGUUUUUACUCUCCGGACCAUGUGUCAGAGGCCACCAUCCAACACCACGUAGCAGAAAGCCCCAAAACAUGCCCCCACUGCCAUCUCUGCAAGGAAGAGCUGAGGGAUGCCAAGUCUGGAACCAUAUUUAUGGCUGGUUCCCUCAGCUUCCAUGGCUUCACGUGCUGCCAGCCCCUGAGGUCAGACACAGUGCUGGCAGUCUUGACCAGCCCUGCCUGUGGAACAAGCCAUGCGCAGGCAAAAUGAAUUUUUAUUGAGAUGAGUCUGGGAGAACAGUAUUGCAAAACCCAUGGCAAUAAAAAAAACUUCACAGUACUUCAGACCAUGGCAUAUCUGGUGUCCAUCAAAACAGGUUUGGUCUUCUCAUGGGAACUUACAUCAGCCUUCCAGUACCUGAAGGACUUCUACAGGAAAGUUGGGUGGAGACUUUAUAUAGUGAUACAAUGAGGGGAAAUGGCUUUAUACUGGAAGAGAGUAGAUUUAGACUAGUCGUUAGGAAGAAAUUCUUUACUGUGAGGGUGGUGAGAUGCUGGAAAGAGUUGCCCAGAGAAGUCAUGAAUGCCCCCUUCCUGGAAGCAUUCAAGGCCAGGCUGGAUGGGGCUUUGAUCAACCUGGUCUAGCGGGAGGGAAGUGUCCGUGCCCAGGGCAGGGGGGUUAGAACUAGACAAUCUUUAAGGUCCCUUCCAACACAAACCAUUCUAUGAUUCGUCCCUUUUUUUCUGCUUAUUUUCAACUUUUUAGAUUCCAUCUUUCUUUGUUUAUCACUUGGGAAUACAUCGGUUAUAGGAAAACUCUCAUUGUGAAGAGUAGAAUUUAAAGACAUUUACAAGACUGGAACAAAUUAUAUUUAUAGAACGUUUCAAAAUGUUUGUGAAACAAAGGCUGUGUAGUGAAUUUUUUAUGUGGAAAAAAUCUAAAUGUGGAUCACAAUAGGACAGCCUGUCGUACACAAGGGUCAGUUCACCAAACUUUGCCAAUCCCAUGCCAAUUCCCAAGUCUGUGUGCAUUUUAACCUCCUUUGGAUCAAUGUCUCAAAGAAAUGUCGAGGGUAUGAACAUCCUUCACCUCCAAGACAGUAAAAGGGAAAUCGAUGAGAGCCAUCAGCACAGGUGCUCUGAGAGGUGAGAUGCAGGAAGGGCAGGCAGAUCCCUUGGGGCUGCAUGUCCCAUAGCUGACAUUCCUCUGUGGCUGCCCAACCAGCCACACCAGCACCAACCCUGCCUGACAUAUGUCUCGCCUCUCCCCCACAAACCUUUCGUCAUGCAGCUCCUGCUCAUGAUCCCAUGCACUCAGGCUUUGGGACUAUACCCCAGUUUGGGGAGACAGCUGGCCCCACUGCUAUAUCCCACUGAUUUUCCAAGUUAAAUGUGUUUUAGGCUCAGGGAUAAAGUGCCUUUUGAAAAGGAGGGAAAUGAGACACAGGAUGACCAUUUGAUUUUGCUCAGGUUAAGUAAUCACAGAAAGGCCUUCCAGAUUUGCAUGCUGUCAAGGUCAAUUUGACCUUUCCAUGUUGUGGCACUGAUUUCUGUGCUGGCAGCAGCUCCCUCCUUUUUGGUACAAUCACACGUUGGAUCAGUAUGGUGCCACCUUUAUAACCAUUUGGCUCAGAAUAUGAAGACACAUGUCCCAGGUGUGGCCUUUGCAAGAAGAGCUUUUCGCAACAUAUUUAGAAUGCGUGAAAAGAAAUGUCCGUACCUCUCUGCUGUAACCCUCUCUUAAGCAUUUGUAAGGUAUUGUGCCCAGCUGUGAGCAUUGACAGAAAUCAGAGGUGAAAGACAGUACUGGGUACAUUUUAUCCUGCAAUUUGAAGAAAAUACCAGGAACACAGAAACAGUUGUACUGGCUUUGUGAAUAUCACUGCAUGGCAUGGAUGAACUACACUCACUGCUUUCCCAAGGACCCAGCUCUGGAAGCCCUGCCUUCAAUAUUCGUUGGAAGUAGUCCCAGUGCUUGCUUCUAAGCAGAUACUUUGAUCCAUGAUGGCUCAUCAGAGACACUGCAGAAAAGUUACUCAGAAUCAUAACACAGCCAAGCUAUGUCUCACAAAAAUAUAGUAUUGCUAGUGUUUUUGUUUUUUGGUUGUUUGUCUUUGGUUUUGGGUAGUUUUUUGUUUUUGUGGGGUUUUUUAAUCAGGCAGAAUUUAAAGAUGAAAUAUAGGCAUAUAAUCAGAUAAAGAUAUAAGGCAGCAACCAGACACUUCCAAUUUUUAAUGCUGUUAUCUUGAGAAUAUCAUUGUAAGGAAGAGAAAUGCUUCUGUAUCAGUCACACUAACAAGGAAAUGGGAAUGCCAAAGAGGGAUUUGACCUACACAGUUUCUUUCAGCCUUCUCUAACUUUGCAAGUGAAAAAAGUUACAGUAAGAAUGCAAUCAGACAUUUUCAUUUUUAACCACUGAUGCAAAAUCUCCUCUUUCUAUUGUCAGACUGAGGCUAUACUGCAUGCAAGAUAAUGGGCUGCUUUCUAAAAUACACUCCUAAAAGCUUUCUCUCUGAUUUUAAACAAAACAAGUGCGGAGUAAGUUCUGGGGGAUACAAUCCAAGUAAUUUUAUCAAUGAUUUUCUUUCUUCUUGGCCUCUGUGAGGUGUACUACCCUGUGCAUCUGGU